AUGUGUCGUGGUGUCCCGAACCUCAACACCUUCCAGCGGAGCCGCGAAGCCGGCGAGCCUCGGUCGCUGGCUCUGCAGACUGGCGUUGUCUCCCGUGCUGCUGGCUCAUGCUUUCUCGAGAUGGGCCGCACCAAGGUGAUGGUGGCCUGCUACGGUCCUGAAGAAGCCGCUCGUGCAGGAACAUUUAGCGAUAUGGGUGUGCUUGAAUGCCACAUCACACGUGCACCCUUUGCUGAGCAAAAACGUGCGACGCUUCAGGAGACGGAUGCGGACCGAGGGUUGCGCCGCGACCUGGAUGCCAUGAUCAAACCCGCCAUUCUAUUGGAAAAAUAUCCAAAGUCCACCAUUGCCUUGCAGGCGACUAUUCUCGAGGAUGACGGCGGUGUCCUGCCAGCCCUUGUGAUGGCCUCUAGCACUGCCUUGGUGGAGGCUGGCAUUGAGCUACGGGAUAUCGUCACUGCCAUUGCUGGUGACGCUCGCAUGGUACUGGCCCUUAUGCCUUCCGUGGGCGAGGUGUGUGGCCUCCUUCAUGACGGCAAGAUGCAGCUCAAGGCACAAACCGCGGCCACUCACACACUUCUAGAAGCAGCGGCCAACUAUGGCAGUGCUCUCCGCUCCACCUUACUUGAGCACGCGUCCGCUUGA